AUGAUCAGGUUUGUCCUAUUCACCACGCUGGCAGCCCUCGUGCUGGCCGAGCUGGAGCCCGAGCCCAGGUAUCUGGAGGACAGUGUGGAGGAGAGGGUGGUUGGAGGAGAAGUGGCCAAACCCAACUCCUGGCCCUGGCAGAUCUCCCUUCAGUACAAGAGUGGAUCCAGCUUCUACCACACCUGUGGAGGCACCCUGAUCAAGAGAGGAUGGGUCAUGACCGCUGCCCACUGUGUCGACAGAUCCAGGACUUGGCGUGUUGUUCUGGGAGACCACAACAUCAACAGUAAUGAGGGCCGUGAGCAGUACAUGAGCGUGAGCCGUGUGCACAUUCACCCCAGAUGGAACUCCAACAACGUGGCUGGAGGUUAUGACAUCGCCCUGCUGCGUCUGUCUUCUGAGGCCACCCUCAACAACUAUGUGCAGCUGGGAGCUCUGCCUCCUUCUGGACAGGUCCUGCCUCACAACAACCCCUGCUACAUCACCGGAUGGGGACGCACCCAGACUGGUGGUUCUCUGUCUGCCAACCUCAAACAGGCCUACCUCCCUUCAGUGGACCACAGAACCUGCUCCAGCUCUGGCUGGUGGGGCAGCACCGUCAAGGACACUAUGGUCUGUGCUGGAGGCGGCAGCGACUCUGGAUGUCAGGGUGACUCUGGCGGCCCUCUGAACUGCAGUGUCGGUGGUAAAUGGGUGGUUCAUGGUGUGACCAGCUUUGUGUCCUCCUCUGGCUGCAAUGCCUACAGGAAGCCCACAGUGUUCACCAGAGCAUCUGCCUACAUCAGCUGGAUGAACAGCGUAAGUGCUUUAACCAAC